AUGUUCGCGGUGGACUCUGCAACAGCGGCAGCAGCAGCAGCGACCGAGCAACGCGAGUCCCCCGUCGUGCCAACGUCACUCCUGUCGUCCAGUGCGUACACCUGCACGGCGGGGCAGCGCGUACUUCGGUCGCUUGUGUGGCUCAUGCCGCCGGUGUGUGUCAGCGGCAUUCGUCCAUCCAACAGGGACGACGCCGCGGCGGCGGUGGCGUGGACCACGCCGAACCAAGUCGCGCUCCUGCUCACCCUGCUGAACGAGCGCUACCUUCAGAUGGCGUACCUGUACGUCAGCGUUGCCCUUCCGCUGGGUUUUGCGUGUGUGGUGUACCACCUUGUGCGGGAGUUGUGCGUCUACGUGCAGCCACGGCGGCUUUUGACAUUUCUCGGCGCGGCAAGACUCCGUGUGGAGACCGGGCGCAAAAGUCAGGAGCGGUUGCUUUAA